AUGGCCACCUCAGAAACCAAGAAGCGGUCCAAGACCAAGGAGGCCAAGGUUGAGGUCGUCGACGAUGCUGCUUCCGUCGCCUCCUCCGCCUCCGAGGCUUCUUCCUCUUCGCCAAAGCCCUCCGAUUCCAAGAAGCGCAAGUCCAACGUCGAAGAAAUCGAAGUCGACCUCGAAGCCCCCGAGCCCCCUUCCAAGCGCGCAAAGCGUGCGUUGAAGAAGGGCAAGAAGCUCCCAACCAAGGUCGACAGCGACGAUGAGAAGGAGGCCAAGAAGAAGAAGGAGAAGGAAGACAAGGAACAAGCCGCGAAGCGCUCGGAGCAUGGUGUCUGGAUCGGCAACCUGCCGUUUUUCAUCACGGCCGAUGAGCUGCGCAAGUGGCUGAUCGCCAACUCGGGAGAGAUGAUCACUGAGGAGUCCAUCACGAGAUUACACAUGCCCACGACCAAGCAGCAGGGCAAGGAAAAGCCGAACAACAAGGGUUUCGCCUACGUCGACUUCAACGACAUUGCGCCCAAGGUCGCAGCCAUUGCGCUUACCGAAGCCGAGCUGGGCCACCGCAAGUUGCUGAUCAAGGACGCGACCUCGUUCGAGGGAAGGCCGAAGAAGGAGGCCGAGGCAGAGGAGGGCAAGACAGCAGCUGGCGGCAAGGCGGCCGCCAAGGAAGAGGUUCCCAAGAGCAGCAAGAUCUUUGUAGGCAACCUGAGUUUCAAGACGACCGACGACGAUGUGUACCAGCAUUUCGAGAAGUGCGGACAAAUUGACUGGGUCAAGGUCGCAACAUUUGAAGACUCGGGCAAGUGCAAGGGUUACGGCUGGGUUAAGUUCCGUGAGCCGGAAUCCGCGGGCUGGGCCGUCAAGGGCUUCGUCAAGAUCAAGGAGGAGAUUGAGACGGAGGAGGACUUUGUCGAGUCCAAGAAGAAGGACGAGGACGGCGACGAGGAUAUGAAGGAGGGCGAGGACGAGGAGAGCGAAGAGAAGAAGCAGAAGAAGCCAGCGGCGGACGAGCAGAAGGUCAAGACGAGAAAGUGGUGGGUAAACAAGCUGCUCGGACGCAUGCUCAAGAUUGAGCUGGCGGAGGAUGACCAGACAAGAUACAAGAAGCGGUUCGGAAAGGACGCGCCCAAGAGGAGACAGCAACAAGGCGAAGACGGCGGUGCUGCAGAGGAGACACAGACGGAGCGCAAGCCCCGCCCUGCUAAGCCCUCAUCGGAGCUCAAGGCCCAGGAUGAUAUCAUGGUUGCGAGAUUGACGGGUACGGCGGCCAAGCACACUGGUACCAAGAUUACGUUUGAUUAG